AUGAGAGUACCAAUAGUUUUACUGAUUAUUUUUCCUCGAUAUGUAUUUGGCAUUGUAAAUAUUAUCAUAGGUAUUCAACAGCCAUGCACAUCGAUGGUCGAUUGCCUUUCAUCUAAUAAUUCAAAUACUGUUUGUUAUCAAGGUUACUGCGGUUCAUGUCGUAAUUCAAGUCAAUCAUGUUCAAGUUCAACGCAUUGCUGCGGUGCAUCUCGUUGCUUACGUCAUCGAUGUACUGCACUUUAUAAAACUGGACAAGCAUGUCGUCUUAGUCGGCAGUGUUUGAAUAUAAAUGAUUUUUGUAUAAAUCGAACAUGUAUACGAUGUAUUCCACUUUGGUCAACUUGUUCAACAGAGCCUCUAGCCACACCUUGUUGUGUAGGCGAUGCUGUAUGCCGAUCUGGUAUUUGUCAGCCGGCGAGUACUAAUUCGCAAGUUUGUUUAACUACAUUCGAUUGCGCUAACGAGCUUGUCUGUCUCGCUGGUACAUGUCAAAAUCCUUUAGGAUAUUGUUAA